UUAAAAACAUUCUAUUUUCCCUCUAGUGGUUGCAUUUGCAUACGAAAGAAAACCCAAUCUCCCUCUCAAAGAACCACAUCAAAACUUCUUUAUUUCUGUCCUUUUUCCUCCAAAAGAAAUCCAAAGCUCUCUCUCUCUCUCUCUCUAAAAUCCAAGACAUGGGUAUUGGAUCUUUCUUCACGAAAGGCCUAAAGAAGUCCAAACCCGCCCUGAAUUCUCCCCACGAGACCACGAAUCCAACAUCUAACAACCCAGCGUCCAACAACCCUACCUUCACUCCUCAUCGAUUGAAAAGAACGCACCUCGAUGAGCUCCAAGACGUCUUCCGUAAGUUCGACGCCAAUGGCGACGGAAAGAUAUCAUCGACAGAACUCGGCUCGAUCAUGGCCAGCUUAGGCCACCCAGCAUCCGAAGAAGAAUUGCACUCGAUGAUCGGAGAGGCUGAUUCGGACGGUGAUGGUUUCAUUGAUUUGAAUGAAUUUAUUGAGCUCAAUAUCAACGGCGUGGAUGCAACGAAGAUCGUUGAAGACUUGACCCAUGCAUUCAUGAUCUUUGAUGUCGAUGGGAACGGGUCCAUCUCGCCGAAAGAAUUGCAGAAGGUGUUGAGGAGUCUGGGAGAUGAUUGUACGGUUGAUGAUUGCAAGAAGAUGAUUAGUGGCGUGGACCGUAACGGGGAUGGGUUGAUUGAUUUCGAAGAAUUCAAGAUCAUGAUGACACAAUCUCUGCCGUUCAAGUUGCAGAGGGAGAUCGAAGGGUGAGAUUUCAUCUGUUUCUUUUCCUUCUUUCACUAAGUGGUUUUGAAUUGGGAUUUUGAGAAAUGUAUAUAUUUUUAAUUUCUUUUUUCUUUUUCUUGAUGAAAUCAAGAUUUUAUGGGUGGGUUAAUUCAUUUUUAUUUUUUAUCUUUGUGUGAAGGAAUUGAGAGAUGCAAGAGAUUUGUUAAUUUUAAAUUAGAUUUUUUUA